AUGACCAAAACCCAAAGACUGAAACUGGGUGCUCUCUAGCUGGGCUCCUUCAGCAAGGCAGCCAGCAAGGACAACGUCUUCGGGCAGAGCUGCCUGGCUGCCCUCUCCACUGCCUGCCAGAACAUGAUCGCGAGCCUGGGCGCUCCCAACCUCAACGUCACCUUCAACAAGAAGAGCCCGGCUGAGGCCAAGCGCAAGCUCAGCCAGGCCGAGCCUGACCCGCCACCUGCCGCCCCGGACUACUUCCCAGCAGGGCCACCAGCGAGUGGAGGUGGCACGGCAAAGAGCGGGCCAGAUGCCCCACUGCUGCCCCGCCAGAGAGCGGCUCGCCCCUACGCUCUGGAGCCGGUGGCCAGUGGCGAGGGGAAGCGGGUGGCGGGGGGUCGGGGUCGCCGGAAACGGGACAGUGGGCACGUCAGCCCCGGCACGUUCUUUGAGAAAUUCUCGACCACAGAGGGCGGUGGGGCCGGUGUCAGCCCGGGGCAGCCGGCGGUGCCGGUGACGACGGGGGGCCCACCGGGGGCUGCGGGCGCUGAGCGCGGUGGGGGCACCCCCCAUGACAAACCCCUGACCUCACCUUCCUGGGGCAAGGGCAGUGAACUGCUGCUGGCGGAGCAGCCUGACCUGAUGUCUUCCCUGGACAGUGGAAUCCAGAGCGUGACCAAGUCAGACGGCAGCUCCCCGCACGUGGACUUUCCUGACGAGGUCAGCACCAGCUAUGGCAACGAGGAUGAGGUGUCCUCCAGCUCUGACAAUGCUGCCUCCAAGCCCACCCGCAGCCCGCUGUUGGGUGGCUCACCCAAGCUGCCCCGUGGGGAGCACGCACUUCUCAACGGACAGAAGCCCCUGGCCCUUGGCCUCCUCAGUACAUCUACCUCGACCCCCGACAGCUACGGGCUCAGCACCACGGCGGGCGCCCACCCUGGCACGCCGAGCAUGGAGCAGGUGCGGACCCCCACGAGCACCUCGGCCCAGGAUGAGAUCCACCCCCUGGAGAUCCUGCAGGCACAGAUCCAGCUCCAGCGGCAGCAGUUCAGCAUCUCGGAAGACCAGCCCUUGGGGCUGAAGAGCAAGAAGGGAGAGUGCGCGGGGCAGAAUGGGGACAGCGACCUGGGCAGCUGCUGCUCGGAGGGUGUCAAGGGCACCAUGAGCACCAUUGACCUGGACUCCCUGAUGGCGGAGCACAACUCCACCUGGUACCUGCCUGGUGAGAAGGCCCUGAUGGAAGGGCAGGAGGAGGACAAGUCCAUGGCACCCUGGGAGAAGCCCAAGCCCUCGAACCCCAGCAAAGAAGCCCACGACCUUCCCCCGAGCAAGACCUCGGCAGCGGCGGCGCAGACGGGCAGCCACCUGCAGUGCCUCUCGGUCCACUGCACGGACGACGUGGGCGAGGCGAAGGGCCGGACUGCGGUGCCAACGUGGAGGUCCCUGCACUCGGACAUCUCCAACAGAUUCGGGACUUUUGUGGCUGCCCUGACUUGAACAAAAGAAAUUAUUUUUUUUCUUUUUUUAAUUUCAAAGGGCCGCUACUGCUAGGUGGACUAUUUUUCUAGGUUGGUACCUGCUUAGUGGCAUAUGGACUGGAAAGGGUUAAUUUAAAGUAAACCUCAACUUUUUUUUAAUCUUCUGCCACAGUAUGUUACCAGUGUUAACCCUUCUGCAGUUAGCACACUUUUGCUUAAGAUUUUCCUGCUAGACCACUUUUUCCCAUUAUUCUGUAACCUUGGCAUACAUUUAUAGAUGAGGCCUUUUCCUUUUUCAUCUCAACGUAUGUCCAAGUCACGUAUGUCAUAAUAAGACAAAGAUUCUCCUCCUCCUUCUCCUUUUUUUCCUCAUUUGCUUUGUUUCUCUUUUUUUUUUUGUUUUGUUUUGUUUUGUUUUGUUUUGCUUUGUUCAGUGCUUAUUACAAUGGUGAUCCUGAGGAGCAGCAGUUCAGGAAUAAACACCAGUGAAAGUGAAAUGGUCAGCAUUAAAUUAUAUGUCGUACUGACACCCAGCCUUUGCCAGUCACAUACAAAACAAGCAGUUGAUGCUCUGUCGAAUGUUCAGGCAUGGACCUGCCCUUUCCUGAAAGAAUGAGGUUCUCCUGUUAAUGAGGUUCAGCCUCAUUUGCUCUGUGCCUCCUGGUGAGGCCAGGACGCUCCUUCUUCUCUGUACCUGGGCCCAGCCCCGGGAUGGAGCUCUGUCAUGAACGGGCUGGUUCAGGCACAGCGGGGAAUGUACCGAGAGGUUUUUCUAUGUAAGUCUAACAGGAAGUUUUCUUAAUGGUCAAGAGUCGUUAUUUCCUCCUCUGAAAGCCCAGGCUCCCUCUUGCUUUCCAGGGCCUGGUGGUGCUCCUGCAGUUCUCAGUUUACUGAUGCUGAAAAAGAAAAUCCCCUGCACCCUGCCCAUUUUUUGCCCAUUUUUAGCUGCAGAAAGAUGCUGUUGAUUGGUAGCAGGUCCAAUGUCCCCUGUGCUUGUCUGGGGGUGCCCCAGCCCCUGCCACCUCAGGUCCUGACGCAGUGGCAGCAGCUGGGGAUGGCCCAGGUUGUGGGAUGCAGGGGGCUGUCUGCUAGGGGCAGCGUUUCCUAAUCUGCCAGUGCAGAGAGAUCCCUGUCAGACCCCCCCAAACUCAUUCAAGGUCCUGCUUCUGCCACACACUGAAGAACAGCAUUGCUGGAUGCACACAAUAAAAGGAAAGCCAUGCUUUCCUGCUCGGGCUAGAUAAUGCUCAUUCGAGACGAAAGUUGGAAGCAAACCAGAUAAACCCACGACUGACAUGAUGGCCUGACUCUCCAGCAGUUUUACGUAAUACUGUCCAUUAUUUGUGUGUCCCUGUGCCCAGGAGUGGCCCCGUCUCGCCCCGUGCCGGCAGCUCGCCUCCUGCAGAUCCUGGAGCUCAGGAACAGCACUGGAGGAUUAGGUUUUGGCUGCCAAAUAAAGGUUGGCCUCUCUAGGGUUAUUUAUUCAUGAUUUCACAAAUGUGUCCCUGCUGAAGGGAUGGAGUUGAAGACUGCUUUGUGUUUUAUCUUUGAUGAUUGUGCUGGGUUUUUAAUUAUUUUGACGUAAUAUUCUCAGUAGACACCAAUGGAGAGGAAAUUCUGCCUAAAAAGCCAAGGGUGGUCUGGAAUCCUCACUCUCGGUCGUACGUGGCUUCAGAGAGACUCGCAGUGUUUGGAAAUGUGAUUUGAAUGUGCUCUUAUUAACCAUGCAUGGAUUGAUUUAUGGGUCUGGUCAAUGAAUUGACUUUGGAUAAAUUUGGAUAGUUUUGAAUCUUGAUUUUCAAUAUUAUUUUACUUUUUAUUGAAGCUGGAGCUGCCACGAGGAUGAGGAUUUUUGCCCAUCCUGAAGCAAUUGGCUGUGGAGCUGCCUCACGCCCACUUGGUUUGGAACAAAAAGCUGGGAUGGUUUGUACCUCUGUUGGGGUGUGUGACUGGGAGUACAGAGCUCCUCCUGCACCUGCAAUAAAAUAUCACCAUCCCCAGAAAGUAUCUCCUGGUAGAAUAAUCACUGUCAGCCUCCCUCUGGAAGGUGCCUCUUUGCCUGUGAUUCCUCAAGUCCUGGCUCACCCAAGUAUGUGAUUUUAAAUCCUGUCAGCAGAGCAUAGGGGGGAUGCUGAGCUAGGGGGUCUGUGCCUACCAGGGCACUUGUGCUGCUGCGAGGGGCUCAGUCCACAGAGGGGGGUCCUGGUGUGGCCCUGGUCCGGUACUGUCUUCCGUCACAGCUGAAAAUUUUGUCCGAGUUCAUGGCCUCAUGGCAUUCCUGCAUGGAGUGCAGCCCCUUGCCUUGCUGCUUUGUUUUUAGUUUUUCCUGCUGCACUGAAGAGAACAGGUUUUUCAGGCUUCCUGAGGUCAGGGAUGCACACCCUGUGCCACGGGAAGGAACCUGUCAGGGAACGCAGAGUUCAGAUGCUUUUAAAGAGAAAUCGCCGUUUGAGUGGAACUGUUGCUGCCUUGGUCUGACCAACAGUUCUACUCGUUCAUCAUUGGCAGCUUGUGCUUCUCUUCUGCAGUUGUUCUCAUCCACUUGGAACUUGCUUUCUUGCUUGCUCAUGGAAAUGCAGAGUGCAAGCAAUUCCUUAAAAAUCAGUGGAAUUCUGUGAAAUGAGGCCAGGCUGUUCUGAGGCCAGGGGCUGUGUCUCCAGGUGCCGAGCCACGGGAGCUGUGGCACUUGGCUGCUGCUGGCUCUGCUCCGGGCGGUGGGUGCAGUGUGGGGAACAGGACUGUCAGAGAGUGAGCAGUUAAACCAGCAGCUGGCUGUGUGCUGGGAGUUCUCCUGAAUCAUAUGGUCACAUGCAAUCCUCUUGCUAACCUCCUGUCCCUUUGAUCUUAACUGAACGAGCUCUGCCUGGGGCAGCCCCUGGUGAUGCCAGGACCAACCAAACCUGUGCUUUUGGGGUUUUGUUGCUUUUUGCCAAAGAUCAGAACAGAAACGGUACAUCCUGACCAAGACAGGCAUCACGUCCUGCUCAUCACCUGGGAAUGUGGUACUGACAGUGUAUGCAGAGGGCUCGAGCUUUGUCACAGAGCUGGUGGUACCUGCAGUAAUUUCAUUGUACCCAUUAAUUUUACCCACUAAUUAUGUCAUUUUCUGAAUAAUAAUAUUCCAACUGAAGCAUGUUUGAGAGCUGUAGGUAAAAGCCAGUUGUGGAAGAGGUAAGUUGCACUCUUGUGGAGAGGGAAACUGAGGCACAGACAACAUCGACCUGAGCGUGUCAGGCAUAUUGGUGGCAGGGCUGAGCUGCACCGAGGUCUGACCUCUGCUCACUGCAGAGCCCCAUGCCCGAGGCUCACUUCCUUCGGGGUCUCAGCUGGGUCAAUGGGGAGAAUUUUAUGAGCUACAUGUUUCCCAAAUGCCAGGGCAAAGCCAGGAUGGUGAAACCUCCCACCCGUGUGUCCUGUGCGGCUUCCAGAUGGGGGAUGUUGUACAAGAAGCCAAAGACUGGUGAUACAUGAUGCACAAUCCACUUUGGAUUGUGAGCAGCAGCUAAAACAUGGCUUUACCUUUGUCGUGGGGAUUCUCCCUGGCCAGCCCGGCACUGGAGGCUCCCACACAGCCUUGGAGCUGCAGCAGGGGAACUGGGAUGUCCCCCACCUCCCGGCCCUGUGCCCUGGCUCCCUGUGUGUUUGUUAAAAGAAACCCUGUGCUUAGUCUGCAAGUUACAGUGUCAUAGCAAACUGAGCGAAGUUUGUCUUGCAUUUCAAUUGGGAGGAGUGAUAAAACAUCUCAUUGCCAGGUCACUUUCUCCUGGAGUUACCCAUUCUCUCUUAUUUGAGCAUCAGUGAGGGGGUUUAGGCUCAUUGUUAUUUAGUUAAGAUUUUCACUGUGUGUGAAGGUGGACGGGAAUGAGUACCAGAAUUCUGUCACCUGGAUCACUUGGGGACCUGUGCAGAUCCCAUGGCCUCCGUGGUAACUGUGGUGCUGGCUGGCCUUCAGAACCUGGGGUCAAGAUUGGACUUCCAGGCACCACCAGGAAGGCAAAAAAUUCCAGUUUCAAUAGGCAGAAGGGGUGAGGCGAGUGCAGGGCAGCAGGAUGGGCACUGGGAGGGUGGGAGGCAAUAGAAACCAAAUGGUACAUUUGGCUUAUUUCUGUUGAGCUGCAGUGUAAGGUUUUCUCAGCUGCUGGAUUCACAGCUGUUCAAGGGAUGGUGUGUAAGAGCAUAACCCAUUUUUAUAGAAUUGUUUCUCCUUUAUUGCUUAAGGCUAAUGGAGGAAAUAGUCUAAUUUUGUCUUAGAAAUUCUCUAUUAAAAUUGUUGGUUUGAGUCCAUCCGCUCAUAGGUUCUGACUGAUGAAACUGCAGGCUCUGAUUUCUGGCAGUUGUAACUUUAUCACUAUUCACUACCCAAGAAUAUUACAGCUUUAAAACAGCCUUAAGCAAAAGGAUGUUAUUUCUUUGUACUGAAUUUGGUUCAUGGAAAAGAAAAAAAAAACUGAAAACACUGGUAAUCCGUACUGCAUAGCAAACUCUUCUGAAAAAUGUUAUUGCACAUGUAAAAUAUGAAAACUUGACUCUGCUGUGUGUUAGGCAAUCCUGUAAUCUUUUUUUUUUUUUUUUUUGAUUCUUGUUAAAUUCAUUUCCUAAAUGCUUGGUUGGAAGACUGUGACAAUAGCUCAUGAAAUUGAGUGUUAUUUUUCUUUCUUUUUUUUAAAUAUGUAAAGUGCAGUCUUCUGUAUUCCUGCAUAUUGUACAUAUCUGUAUAUGUUUUACUGAGCAACUAAAUAACAAUAAAUAUGAUGUUAAUGGUGGCUACU